ACAUAAAACCAUAAUUUACAGAGACUAAUCUAAACACGCUUUCUUCUCCUUCCUCUUCAAUCAAAAUCUCAUCUUCCGAGAUUGUACCCGACGAAAGUCCCAAUCGAAUCCUCCUGAAGAUCAGCUUCUACAUCCUCUUGUCUUCUUCUUCUUCGAUUUUUCUUACUCAGUUCAUCAAAUAGCUAUCCUAUGGGAUGGUCACAAGGAAGUCUCAAAAGAGUGAUCUGGGCAUGAAUUUCUUUCAGAACAUCAUCAAACCCUUCAAACGCAGCUCCAAUCGCGGUCUAGAAGACGAUAUCGAGAAAAUCGCUGCUCUGGAACAGAAAGUCUUCCCCUUUCAAGUCCUAGUCUCCGCCACCAAGGAUUUCAACCCGACCCACAAACUCGGCGAAGGUGGAUUCGGACCCGUCUUCAAGGGAAGGUUACCCGACGGGAGAGACAUAGCAGUGAAGAAGCUAUCUCAGUCCUCAAGGCAAGGAAAGAGAGAGUUUGUCAACGAGGCCAAGUUGUUAGCUAAAGUCCAGCAUCGCAAUGUCGUUAACCUCUGGGGCUACUGCACUCACGGUGAUGAUAAGCUCCUUGUUUACGAGUACGUCCCUAACGAGAGCCUUGACAAAGUCCUCUUCAGAUCUAACAGAAGAUCGGAGAUAGAUUGGAAACUGAGAUUUGAGAUCAUAACAGGCGUUGCUCGAGGACUGCUCUAUCUCCACGAGGACGCGCCUAACUGCAUUAUCCACAGGGACAUCAAGGCUGGUAACAUUUUGCUCGACGAGAAGUGGGUUCCUAAGAUUGCGGAUUUUGGGAUGGCUAGGCUCUUUCAGGAGGACGCGACACACGUCAACACUCGCGUCGCUGGAACCAAUGGCUACAUGGCGCCGGAGUAUGUAAUGAACGGUGUUCUAUCGGUAAAAGCAGACGUAUUCAGCUUUGGUGUUGUGGUUCUAGAGCUCAUCAGUGGUCAGAAGAACUCGAGUUUUAGUUUGAAACACGCUGAUCAGACUCUUCUUGAAUGGGCAUAUAAGUUGUACAAGAAAGGGAGGACGAUGGAGAUGGUAGACCCGGGUAUAGCAGCUUCAGCUGAUCCAGAACAAGUGAGACUCUGCGUUCAGAUCGGACUGUUAUGUGUACAAGGCGAUCCCCACCAGAGACCAGCAAUGAGGAGAGUGUCUUUGCUUCUCUCGAGAAAACCAGGGAAUCUGGAAGAGCCAGAGCGUCCUGGUGUCCCGGGGUCUAGAUACCGACGUAGAACGCAUCAUCGUCCAUCAGGAGGAGCAUCCUCGGUUGGGACAUUGUCGACGACGGGAUCGAGUUCAGAUUCGUUUGGUUCGAACUUGAACACAAACAGUGGAACGGGAACAGGUGGAGCUACCACUCCAGCGUCUUCUAGGACACCGACAAGGGCUCCUCACAACGCAACUAGAAGUGCAGGUGUCAGCUCUAGCUCGGACCCUCAUGGUAAACGACCUAUGACGAGUUAUUAAAAAGAGUAGAUGAUAUCUUUUGUUACAUGUUUGAUUGUAUAUAGUGAGCCCUUUUUUGUUUUGUUUGAAAAGUAAAAUUAUUGUUGUUAUAGGAGAGGGUUUUAGAUUUAGUAGCGUGUGAGAAAGAAGAAAGAAAAGUUCAUUCAUUUGUUAUUUACAUUGUUAGUAUAUAUUAAAAAAUAAAAUCCCUCGUCA